AUGAUCGAGGGUAUAGGACCUCUGCAUCCUUUAUCGUCGCGUGAUGUUGCUAUAUUUCGUACACGGGACAUGGAUAUGUCCUUUCAUCUUGAUGAACGCAACGUGCCUGAAAAAACUAUUGUGCUCAUAUUUAUGGCUGGCACCCAUCAGAUUUGGGGCUACUUUCCGGAAGGAAUUAUUUGGUGGAAAUUCCGCAAGUUUGAACCUCUUUGCUGUGUCGCGUUAAAAGGAAAUGGUCUAGAGGAGAACCGUAAUAAUUCCUACCCCCAGAACGCCGCAUUUGCACAGCCGUCUGGCCUGGCCAUGGCAAACGAUGUAUUGUACAUAGCUGACAGCGAAAGCUCUAGCAUACGAAAAACUUCUAUGAUUGACGGAAAGGUGAUGCAUGUCGUUGGAGGGGAUCGUAACCCACUUAACCUUUUUGCGUUUGGCGACGUUGACGGUAAACUAUUCAACGCGAAACUUCAACACCCUCUAGGUGUUACCUAUAAUGAUGCCAAUAACAGGCUCUAUGUGGCUGAUUCUUAUAAUCAUAAAAUCAAAGUUAUUGACACCGAUUCAAAUAAUAUUUCUACCUUAAAAAUCACGAGUCAAAAUAAAACUGAUUUGAUAUUUAAUGGGCCGGCCGGUCUAUGCUUGGAUACCAACGGUCAGAAUUUGCUGGUAUCUGACACCAAUAACCAUGCGAUACAUAUAAUAGAUGUGGCGACGCUUAUAGCAAAACCAUUUGUUUUAGAUUUUAGUCAAAUUGCAUCAACUUGUCAAACUGAAGCACCAAAAUGUUUAUCAAAAAAAUAUGAUGACCAUGCGAUUAAGACCUUAGCUUUAAAUUUGAUUAAAACAAUUUCGAUUCAUUUUAGUCUUCGACUUUCGCCUGAACUUAACUUUACAAAAGAAGCCCCUCAGAAGUGGAUACUAAAAACUGUAUCUCAAUCACUGAAAAUAUAUCCAUCAUACGGAACCUUGCUAAAUGGAAUGUGUAACUUGCAGUUGCAGGCUACUCACCAUGAAUUCAGCUGCGUCAACAAUGAAUUAUUUACUAUUGAAUUCUCUUUAAAUUUAUGUCGCUCAAAUUGUUGCCUUAUUAAAAGAAUUUCUGUAUCUAUAAAAUGUGGUAAAACUAUUGAAGAACACAUACCUAUCCACAAUGUUAAUAUUCAUAUUAAUCAAUCAAAUAUAAACUUGCUUUAAAAAGUUUUAAAAAUUAUAAA